GAGUUUGACGUUUGGUAGCAUCUGUCAAAAUUUUCUAAACUCUGCCGGUUUUUGUGAAAAUUUGUUUUGCAAUUUCGCAAUCUUAGUCAAGAAAAUGAGCCGCAAAGAAGCAUUGUCCUCAUUCAUCCAGCAAAUCCACGGCCGGCCCGUUGUUGUGAAACUCAACAGUGGCGUAGAUUAUCGAGGUGUUUUGGCAUGCUUGGACGGCUACAUGAACAUAGCUUUAGAACAAACUGAAGAAUAUGUGAAUGGUCAGCUCAAGAACAAAUAUGGAGACGCAUUCAUCCGCGGGAACAACGUCCUCUACAUCAGCACUCAGAAGAGAAGGAUAUGAAACUGGUUGUACUGAUACAUACUUUUCUAAGUUAGUGUGUAAGGAUAAAUAAAAUAAGUCUUACCAUAA